AUGCUAAAAACACUAUUUUCAUCUCAAAUUCUGCCCUCGGCAAGAUGCAGCAUUGGUGGAUUGAACAGUCACAGCAAAAUGCCGCACUUAGUGUCACGAACCGUACACACUCGCACGAAACCGCGUAUUUCACCACCACCGAAGCUAAGGCCAAAUGCAUCGGAACACAACGCUAACAGCAUCACUCCGUUCGGUUGGGGACUUUUGAUUAUACCGGCCACCACGUUCGGGCUCGGAUGCUGGCAAGUGUACCGAAAGCAAUGGAAAGAAGGCCUUAUAAGUGAGCUGGAGCGUAAGAUUCAUAUGUCACCGGUACCGAUUCCCGAUGACCUUUCCGAGCUGAACCAGAUGGAGUACGAAACGGUAACGGUACGCGGGAAAUUUCUACACGAUCGGGAAAUUCAUUUAGGACCACGUGCCUGCAUACAGCACGGUGAUAGUCACACUGCCGGUGGCCUUUUCUCUCAGAAGGAAGCAUCGAUUGGAUUUCUCGUCAUUACACCCUUUCAGCUCGAGGGACGGGAUGACAAAAUCCUAAUAAACCGUGGCUGGGUACCGAAACGAUAUCUCGAUCCGGAAACGCGCCUCGAAGGCCAAGUGUCCGGUACGGUGGAGCUGCAAGGUGUCGUACGGCUGCCCGAACAUCGACCACAGUUUACGCCCAAACAGCGUGGCGCCAUCUUUAUGUACCGGGACGUGGAGAAAAUGGCAGCGAUUGGCGGUACGGAACCGUACUAUCUCGAUGCGACCGUAUCGUCGACGGUUCCGCUAGGUCCGGUCGGUGGUCAGACACGGGUAACCCUUCGCAAUGAGCAUCUGUCGUACAUAAUGACGUGGUUCAGCCUGUCCGGCUUUACCACCUGGCUGUGGUUCCGGCAGAUCGUGCGAGGCAAAUCCUUCUAAAGAGUCUUUAUUUUUUGGGGCAAUAAAA